AUUCCAAACAUAGUAAUCAGGCCGAUGAUGCGGUAGGAAGAAAAAUUUCCGGAAUUAUUGCAAAGAAAUUGCAAGCUGUGAGCACCUAUUCUAAGGUUUAUAAAGAACUUCUUUUGUCUAUUAUAAUCGUAAUUUGCCUUUGAAAGGUUUUUUCAGUCUUGCGAAAAGCUUUUUGCGAAUUGACAACAAUUUCAAAGGUAUUGCUCUUCCUGUUUUGGUGUUAGGCCGUUCCCGACACAAGACAUUUGACUAAGGUUUCGUGAGUGAACGACCGAGAGUUUAUAAUUUCCAAGUGCGCUGUCUCAGCUCGUCACAGUCGAAGAAGAAUUGCAGCACGAAAUGGAGAUGGAGGGAAUUCCACUACGAGCUGCUUUUAAUGGGGAUGUCACCUGUUUAGUAAUGGAUCCACAUAUUAGCUACGAGUCAUUACUCGGUGAUCUCAGAGACAUUUACAAGUUUGCCCCCAGGGAUAAAUUUACAUUGAAAUGGAUCGAUGAUGAAGGAGAUCCUUGCACCUUGACAUCACAAAUGGAACUAGAAGAAGCAGUGAGACUCUUCUUCCUCAACAGGGAUCCUCAACUUGUUAUAAAUGUUUUUAAAGGUGUUCCAGAUGAGCCUGGCCAACUGCUAGCUGGAGAAGAUCGUUUAAUGUACAGAAGAGGAGCUCGUAGAUGGCGUAAGAUUUAUCAUUACAAUGGACAUUCGUUUGUUACAAGGCGGUUUGGAAAGUUUGCGAAUUGCGAAAUUUGUCAAGAUAUGAUCUGGGGACUAGGAAGACAGGGAGCGCGUUGUCUCAAUUGCAAAAUUAUGGUUCACAAAAAGUGUCAUCGUUUGGUAUCUGUGGAUUGCAGUACAAUUCUUAGCUCGAUGGCCACAUCAGCUGCCCAGAAUCCCCAGAAUUACAGUUCAUUACCAAUGAACAGCAAAACCGGUGUAUUACAUGAACAUGCUUACAUGGGUCCAAAAAGAACCAAAAGUGAUAGUCCAGGCUCAAGGAAGAAAGGCGUCUACAGAGAUGUAGAUUUUAACGCAGACUCAAUGUCUAAAGAGCCAACUGGUGAAAGCUCUCUGAUUGGUCUAAAAGAUUUCGAUUUUAUUCGCGUGAUUGGGCGAGGCAGUUACGCCAAAGUUUUAAUGGUUCGGCUCAAACAGACUGACCGAAUUUAUGCGAUGAAAGUUAUUAAAAAAGAUCUUGUAAAUGACGAUGAAGAUAUUGACUGGGUGCAAACAGAAAAACAUGUUUUUGAAAUCGCAUCGAAUCAUCCAUUUUUAGUCGGCUUGCAUUCUUGUUUUCAGACCAGAAGUAGGCUUUUCUUCGUAAUCGAAUUUGUUAACGGUGGAGAUCUAAUGUUCCAUAUGCAGAAAAUGAAAAGACUUCAAGAGGACCAUGCAAGGUUUUAUGCAGCUGAGAUUUGUUGUGCCUUAAAUUUUCUCCACGAGAAAGGAAUCAUAUACCGAGAUCUGAAGCUUGACAAUGUUUUGCUUGAUGGAGAUGGGCAUGUUAAGUUAACGGAUUACGGCAUGUGUAAGGAAGGCCUACAACCCGGUAUGACCACAAGUACAUUCUGUGGAACACCAAAUUAUAUUGCACCCGAAAUUUUAAGAGGAGAAGAUUACGGCGCAAGUGUUGAUUGGUGGGCUCUCGGGGUCUUACUUUACGAAAUGUUGGCUGGGAGAUCGCCUUUUGAUAUCGUGACAGCCAGUGACAAUGCAGAUCAGAAUACCGAAGAUUACCUAUUCCAAGUGAUCCUGGAAAAUCCUAUUAGAAUACCGCGAUCGCUUUCCGUUAGGGCUUCAUCAUGCCUCAAAGGGUUUUUAAACAAAAAUCCAAGAGACAGGCUAGGCUGCCAUUUGCAGACCGGAUUUGCCGAUAUCAUGUCCCACCUGUUCUUCAAGGCCAUUGACUGGGAAGCUCUUGAGAAGCGACAAGUGAUGCCUCCCUACAAGCCAAACGUAGCUGGAGAACAAGAAGUACUCGGCAAUUUUGACCAGCAGUUCACAACUGAGGCAGUCCAGUUAACACCAGACGACCCGUCGACUCUGGAAACUAUUGAUCAAUCAGAAUUCGAAGGUUUCGAGUACAUCAACCCCCUGCUUAUGUCUAGUGAAGACACUGUCUGAGUCUGACUCUAUAUGUAUUGUCUGUAACAUCAAGGAGGUCUCGUCGUAUGACAGAUUUUCUCUAUACAGGCAUAUCGAGUAUUUUUGAUAGAACUUUUAAUAUUAUAGGUAUCAAGGAAUAUUUCAUUUGUAAGCUGUAAAUGGGCGAAGCUCAAAGCUUGAUCUAUUACCCAUUAAACCAUUUUGGUGAAUACUUUGUCCAGGCAAGCUGGAGCAUCAGUUUUGCGUUUAGUUACAAAAAAGCUUCCAGAUCGUCAGUGAAUCCCCUUUAAUUUUUGAGAUGAAUCCCUUACUUUCCCUUAAGAAAAUUCCCUUGUCGUGCGUACAGUACAAUAAUAGUCAAAAAUCGUUUUUCAUUUAAUUCCCCAGUUCUAAGACUAGGUGUUAACAGGAGCAGGCAUAUGAUCUUGUUGGCAAAAACUGUUUCUCCAUACCCGUUAUUACGUGUAGUCCAACACGCUCUAAACAUGGAGAACUUUUUUUUCUGGGUUCUCGAAGAUUGAACUUUUGAUUGGAAUAUUUGGAGAU